GAGUUAUCACACCGCCGUUCCAGUCCCGCUGCAGGGAGGCUCCAGGCCCGAACCCCGGUCCCGCUGCAGGGAGGCUCCAGGCCCGAACCCCGGUCCCGCUGCAGGGAGGCUCCAGGCCCGAACCCCGGUCCCGCUGCAGGGAGGCUCCAGGCCCGAACCCAGUCCGAGUGCUGGGAGACUGGCGGUUAGGCCCCGAACCCGGUCGGGUGGAGAGAUAUGGAUAAAAGGCAGGAAGGCACGGGUGUGAAGAGCCCUGGAAUGGCGGAGGAGAGUGCGGUGCAAGUGUGUGUCCGGCUGAGGCCUCCCAACGCCAGGGAGAAAUCUUUACAAGGAGGAUCUGGUACACACCCUGAAGUUCAUUGGAAAACUGACAACCAAACUAUUUCCCAGAUUAAUGGGGGCAAAUCAUUCAGUUUUGACCGUGUAUUCCAUGAAAAUGAGACAACACAAACUAUUUAUACUGAAGUUGCACAUUCUAUUGUGUACUCUAUUACUGAGGGCUAUAACGGCACUAUUUUUGCAUAUGGACAGACCUCAUCUGGAAAGACCUAUACAAUGAUGGGAAAUGCAAAUACUCCAGGUCUUAUUCCUUUGGCAAUCUGUAAUUUAUUCAAAGUUAUUAAUGAUAUGCAAAACAGAGAAUUUCUAUUACGUGUCUCUUACCUAGAAAUUUAUAAUGAGUCAGUAUCAGAUUUACUUAGCGAUUCAAAAGGAAAACCUCUGGAAAUUAGGGAAGAUAUAGAAAGAAACAUUUAUGUUGCUGAACUAAUUGAAGAAGUUGCUGUAACUUUUGAGGAUGUAAUGAAGUGGGUCAAAAAAGGGGAAAGAAACAGACAUUAUGGGGAAACAAAAAUGAAUGAACGUAGUAGCCGAUCACAUACGAUUUUUAGAGUGAUUGUGGAAAGCAGGGAUAAAAGUAAUGAAGCAGUUAAGGUUGCACAUCUGAAUUUGGUCGAUCUGGCGGGCAGUGAACGAGCCAGUCAAACAGGAGCAGAAGGUGUCCGUUUAAAGGAAGGAUGCAACAUCAACCGUAGUUUGUUUGUACUUGGUCAAGUCAUUAAGAAGCUUAGUGAUGGACAAUCUGGAUUUCUAAAUUAUAGGGACAGUAAACUGACUCGAAUUCUGCAAAACUCAUUAGGGGGCAAUGCAAGAACAUUAAUUAUUUGCACAAUUGCUCCAUUUGCUUUUGAGGAAACUCUCAGUACUCUUCAGUUUGCAAGCACUGCCAAAUUCAUGAAGAACACACCUCAUGUGAAUGAAGUGUUGGAUGACCAAGCAAUGUUGAAACGCUGUCGCAAAGAAAUAAUGGAUCUGAAAAAUCAUCUGGAGGAACUUGCUUCAGAAACUCGUGUUCAUGAAAUGGAGAAAGCUCAGCUUUUGUCAGAAAAAUAUCACCUUCAGCUGGAGCACGAACAAAAAAUAAAGAACUUGACAAGAAUGCUUGUCAGAGUCUUGCCUGAUGAGGACCAACUUUCUGCAAAGGCCAGAAGAAAAAGGAGAUUUACCUGGGCUCCUGGAAAAGUGCGAGCCAGUUUGACUACUGUGACAGAUAACGCUGCAAAAAUGAUAAAACUGGAUCAAGCUUUUCAAGAACUAGAUGAGUUUCCUGAAGAGAUCCCAGAUGAUAUGAUCCAGUCUGAUAUGAUACCAAGCUGCAGUAGUCAGAUCACAGUAAAACGAGGAGGAAGCUUGGGUUACCAGGUGCCUUCAUUUGAGGAUUCUUCAUACUUCCGUGAUCAAAGCCAAAUCUCAUUUACUGGAUCAAAUUUCUUCCAUAGUAUUCUGUAUGAUGAAUCGCCAAACGAUGAUUUGAAAAAAAGAAUUUCGGAGCUGGAGAAUGAGCUGGACCUAACAAAAGAGAAGGAAAAGCAAAACGUGCACUUAAGGAGCGAUGUAGAAAGUUUAAAGAUGGAGAAUGAUGAGCAUAAAGAGGAGAUCCGACAAUUAAAACAACUCUUGGAAGAGAAAGAGAGGACUGAAAAAUAUUUCAAAAUGGAAAAUGACAAACAAAAUGAUGAAAUCGAAGAACUGAAAAGGCUGAGAGAUUGCUAUGAAGAGAGGCGUGAAAUUGAAGAGUUUGAAUUCUUGGAAAAAGUUGUUGAGAAAGAAGAAAAGGCACAGCAAAAGCAUGAAAUUGCAAAGUUAAAAGAACUGGUUCGCAAUUCUGAGGUUUACAACCAGGAACUGGAGGCUGAACUGAUGACCAAAACUGACCAAUUGAAAGAACAGCAGCAGAAACUUCUCGUUCUUCAAAAGCGACUGGAUGAACUAAGAGAGUUGUCAGAUGGCCAAACGGAUCUUGAGACAUUAAUAGAUCAGAACAAACAUCUACAACAGUCAUUGAACGAUGCAGAAGUUGUGACCUGUGAUGCAAAGAAAAAGUCUGCUAUUCUGAGGAGUGAAAAUUUGGAGCUCAAAGAAACCAUGAAUGAAAUGACAAUGAAAUAUCAACAGAUGGAAAAAGAUGUCCAGUUGUACUGCAAAAAGCUAGAUACUGAACAGUCACGCUACAAGCAAAUGCAAUCUGAUUUGCAGAAAGAAUUGAAAUCUGUUUACAGUGAAAAUGUCAAACUGAUAUCUCUUCUGGAUGGGAAAGUUCCUAAAGAUGUAUUGGAUCGUGUUCACCUGGAAAAGAGCAUUGCUGAUCUUAAUCAGCAGUUGGAGAAAGCGAAAAAUGAAAACAUCAGUCUGCAACAAGAAGUGACCUUUUUAUCUCAAAACAAUUUGUUGCCAGAGAAAAUAGAUGAAUUAGAAAAACAGGUCUUAAAGUUAACAGAAGAACGGAAUGGUGUCACCUCUGAACGUGAUAACUUAUUAGUUGGCAAAGAAGAAAAUGAUAACCAACUUGCAAACUUGCGGGGAGAAGUAUCACUGAUUGUUCAAGAAAGGGACAAACUCCAAGAAGCAGUGAACAGCCUUCAAAAUGAGAGGAUUCAUCAGGAAAAUUUGAACGCUGAACAGCAGAAAGAAAUACAAUGUAGAAUGGAAAGUUUCAAAACAGAAUUGGAAUUGUACUGCAGACAACUUGAAGAAGAGAGAGCUAAAUGUUCACAACUUCAGCAUAACAUUGAAGACAAGGAAGGGAAAGUUAAAGAGCUGGAACAACAGCUAACACAUGAGAUUGUAAAGCAAAAUGAAAUAAAUGAUAAACUUUCUAAAGCAUCAGAAGAUAUUAAAUUACUUAAUGAAGUGAAAGAAGAGCUGAUGACUAAAUUACAAGUUUUAACAGAAGACAAUGAAGAACGAGCACUGUCGCAACCCAAGUCCCAAAAGAUUAAUCAAGAUGAAGACCUUCUAAAUGUGAGUAGUGCGGUUGAAACAACUGUGAUAAAGAAUUUAACUGAACAGCUUCUCAUACUUGAGGAAAAUUGCAAGACUAUCAGUGAAGAGAAAGAGAACCUGUGUAAAGAAUUGUUGGGUCUUCAGACUGAAAGGGAUCAAUUGAAAUGUGAUCUUCAAGAGAAUAUUGAAAUGUGUAUAGAGAAUCAAGCAGAAUUGAGAAGGCUACAUGACAAACUGAAACUGAAACAAGAUGUGGAGGUAGAACUGAAGAAAAGUCUGGCUGACAAAGAGUUCUUGAUAAAUGAAGAGAAGAAAAAGGCCAGUGAGGCAUUGGAUCGUGCACAAGAGGAAGUGCAAUACCAGCAGCAGUUAGUGAAGGAACUAAAAACUGAAAUUCAGGAAAACAAAGACCUAUUGUUGAGCAUUCAAACAAAUAAUCCUGAAAUAAUUGAUAAAAAGCAAAAGGAAGUUGAUGAACUCUAUUGUUUGGAGGCUGAGCGUAAAGCAAUACUCACUGAGACUGAGGAGAUAAGAGUUCAUGCUUUUAAAGAACAGGAAGCAGAAAUUCAGAAAGAGCAUCUAAAACAGCAGCUCCAGCAACUGGAGAAUGACAAAUUAACCUUAUCACAGGAGAAAGAUAAUCUCCUGGAGACACUGAAAUGUAUCAGAGCAGAAAAAGAUGAAAUGAAGAGAGUACUGGAAGAGAAAACUGAGGUGACACAAAAGCAAGGUGAGGAACUUCUUCACACAGUGUCUCAGCGUGACAUGUUGCUUGCUGAGAUCGAAGAGCUGAAAGAUCAUAUUUCAAAAGAAAAACAAGCAGAAAGUUUGGAAGAUGAAUUCAGCCAGAAGCUCCAGCGUCUAGAGGAUGAAAAAUCAUCCUUGGUAAUUGAAAGAAACGAGCUCCAUGAAAAGCUCAGAUGUAUUGAAGUGGAAAAGGAAGAAAUGAAAAUACUGCAUGGAAAUGCUGAAAUGAUGCAAAGGCAGGCUGAGGAGCUUCAUCUAAAUUCUCUGCUUGAUGAAAGCAAGAAUCUGAGAGCUCAGGUUUCAAAAGAACAUGAAGCAGUAAUCCAGGAAGAUGAAUUUCACCAGCGGUUCCAGCAACUAGAGGAUGAAAAAUCAUGUUUGCUGAAGGAAAGGGAUGAACUCCAGGAGAUGCUGAAAUGUGUCAAAGCAGAACAAGAUGAGAUGAAAAAAAUCCUGCAAGAAAACUCCGUGGUGGCACAAAAGCAAGAGGAGGAACUUCACCAUACAGUCUCUCAGCGUGACAUGUUGCUUGCUGAGAUCGAAACACUGAGAACUUGUGUUUCAAAUGAAGAGCAGGUAGAAAUUCAGGAAAAAGAGUUCAAUCAGCAGAUUCAGCAGCUGAAGGAUGAAAAAUCCUGUUUGCUGAAGGAAAGGGAUGAACUUCAGGAAAUGCUUAAAGUUGUCAGAGCAAAACAAGAUGAGAUGAAAAAAGUCCUGCAAGAAAACUCUGAGGUGGCACAAGAGCAAGAGGAGGAACUUCAGCACACAGUAUCUCAGCGUGACAUGUUGCUUGCUGAGAUCGAAACGCUGAGAGCUCGUGUUUCCAAAGAGGAGGAGGUAGACCUUCAGGAAAAAGAAUUCUGUCAGCGGUUCCAGCAGCUGGAGGAUGAAAAAUCAUGUUUGCUAAAAGAAAGGGAUGAACUUCAGGAGAUGCUGAAAUGUAUCAAAGCAGAACAAGGUGAAAUGAAAACAGUCCUGCAAGAAAAUUCUGAGAUGGCACAAAAGCAAGCGGAGGAAUUUCAGCACACAGUAUCUCAGCGUGACAUGUUGCUUGCUGAGAUUGAAAGGCUGAGAUCUCGUGUUUCCAAAGAGGAGGAGGUAGAAAUUCGGGAAAAAGAAUUAAAUCAGCAGUUCCAGCAGCUGGAGGAUGAAAAAUCAUGUUUGAUAAAGGAAAGGGAUGAACUCCAGAAGACGCUGAAAGUUAUCAAAGCAGAGCAAGAUGAAAUGAAAAAAGUCCUGCAAGAAAAUUCUAAGGUGGCACAAAAGCAAGCGGAGGAAUUUCAGCACACAGUAUCUCAGCGUGACAUGUUGCUUGCUGAGAUUGAAAGGCUGAGAUCCCAUGUUUCCAAAGGGGAGGAGGUAGAAAUUCGUGAAGAAGAAUUAAAUCAGCAGUUCCAGCAGCUGGAGGAUGAAAAAUCAUGUUUGAUAAAGGAAAGGGAUGAACUCCAGAAGACGCUGGAAGUUAUCAAAGCAGAACAAGAUGAAAUGAAAAAAGUCCUGCAAGAAACUUCUGAGGUGACACAAAAGGAAGCGGAGGAACUUCAGCACACAGUAUCUCAGCGUGACAUGUUGCUUGCUGAGAUUGAAAGACUGAGAUCCCGUGUUUCCAAAGAGGAGGAGGUAGAAAUUCGGGAAAAAGAAUUCUAUCAGCAGUUCCAACAGCUGGAGGAUGAAAAAUCAUGUUUGAUAAAGGAAAGGGAUGAACUCCAGGAGACACUGAAAGUUAUCAAAGCAGAACAAGGUGAAAUGAAAAAAGUCCUGCAAAAAAAUUCUGAGGUGGCACAAAAGCAAGAGGAGGAACUUCAGCACACAGUAUCUCAGCGUGACAUGUUGCUUGCUGAGAUCGAAAGACUGAGAUCCCGUGUUUCCAAAGAGGAGGAGGUAGAAAUUCAGGAAAAAGAAUUCAAUCUACGGAUCCAGCAGCUGGAGGAUGAAAAAUCCUGUUUGCUAAAGGAAAGGGAUGAACUUCACGAGAAGCUGAAAUGUAUCAAAGCAGAACAAGAAGAAAUGAAAAAAGUCCUGCCAGAAAGCUCUGAGGUGCUUAAGAUGGAGGAAAGAAGAGAUGAAGAACUUACUAAAAUGGACAUGAGCCUUGAGAAACACAUUGUUGCUUUGAAGGACAAGACACUAACUGAAUCCAUUACUCCAGAAAAUAAGGAAAUUCAAGCAGAAGUUAAUAAGCUUUCUAAUCAUCUACAGGAGAAAGAUAGUCUUUUGCAGACACAAAAGCAAGCGGAGGAACUUCAGCACACAGUAUCUCAGCGUGACAUGUUGCUUGCUGAGAUUGAAAGGCUGAGAUCCCGUGUUUCCAAAGAGGAAGAGGUAGAAAUUCGGGAAAAAGAAUUCAAUCAACGGAUCCAGCAGCUGGAGGAUGAAAAAUCCUGUUUGCUAAAGGAAAGGGAUGAACUUCACGAGAAGCUGAAAUGUAUCAAAGCAGAACAAGAAGUAAUGAAAAAAGUCCUGCCAGAAAGUUCUGAAGUGCUUAAAAUGGAGAAAAGAAGAGAUGAAGAACUUAGUAAAAUGGACACGAGCCUUGAGAAACAAAUUUUUGCUUUGAAAGAUAAGACGCUAACUGAAUCCACUACUCCAGAAAAUGAGGAAAUUCAAGCAGAAGUUAAUAAGCUUUCUAAUCGUCUGCAGGAGAAAGAUUGUCUUUUGCAGGAAACAAUUCAAAGUUUAUUCCAAUUGGAAAACGAGUACAAGAUUGAACUAGCUAAAACUGACCAACAGCUUUCAAGAGAGGGGGAAGAAUGGAAUGAGCUUCUGGUCAAAUUUUGUUCCAUGUUCCCUGAAGAGUCAGCAGAAUCAAUAAGCAUUAAGAAACUACAGGAAGAGAAUCAAAAACUAUAUGAACAGCUUCUGUUGUGGAGGAGUCAUUUUUUGAGAGUGAUGAGUACUGUUCCUCAGAACAUAAAGCGAUAUCAGGUCCUUAUAACUGAAUGUGACUUGGGUCUAGCAGAUGAGAAAAGAAAGAAUGAGGAAUUGUGUAUACAGUUGAAGUCUUUGAAGAAGCACGUUUCUGACUCUCCUCUGCUGGAGUUAACUUCGGAAGAGAAGAAUCCUGAAAUACUGCGACUUUCUACUUUAAUUAAUUUAAAAGAAAAUCACUUGAUGAAUGCCCAGAAGAUUUUAUCAGAUUUGAAACUAAAAUAUCAAAACUAUCUGAGAAGCACAAAGAAUGGAUUAUCUUCCAAGGCAGAAGCUCGACAGGUUCUACAGGAAAGAAUUUCUAAUGCAUCUUUUACAAAUGCUUCAAAGACAAUUGAAGAAAUUGAAGAUGGAAUACGGAUACUAAAUCAAGAACUUCAACUUCAAAAUGAAACAGUUCGGAAUGAAGCUACGUUUUCCAGGUCAAAGCAGAAUGGAUAUGUAAUGUACAUCAGGAAUACUUGGAAUCAGGUGGGUAAUCAGGAGAAGGAGAAUGAGAAGCUGCUUUUGGAAAUUGAAACUGUCAGACGGCAAUCACUCAACAAAAAUGGCUAUGAUCCAAUAUUGGCCAUGGAGAACCAGAAGCUGAAGGAAAAAAUGAAGACAGAUGAACAAUUGUUUCAGACAAUGGGAACAAAAAUUCAAGAAUUAAAAAUGGCAUUGACCACAAGCCAGGAAACCAACAAACUGCAAGAAGGUAAAAUCACGCAAUUGCAGACAGAGCUGAGCUCCAGAACAUCAGAGAACAAACUUGAAGAUCUUCAGACUUCCUUAUUGAAGAAAGACAACCAGAUUAACAUUUUGGAAGAGGCUGUAAAGCAGCUGCAGGCUAAGCUGGAUCUAGGAGCUCAACCUUGCGAAGAAAUGAAAGAGCUGAAAAAUCGCUUGUUUAUAUUGGAGAUGGAGAAGGUUAAAGAAAGCAACAAUUAUGAAAAGCAGAUUAGUUCUUUAAAAGCCAGCUUGGAGCAUAACAAAGAGCUGUGCCGACAAACCAAGGAAAAACUGCGAAGAUAUCAACAAGAACAGGAUACCACAAUUAUGUUUGAAAGUAAUAAUGAAAAAUGUUCUACUGAUGAAUCUCUGACAUGUGGUGGUGGAAGUGGAAUAGUUCAGAAUGCGCUGGUACUUGUAUUAAAGUCUGAAAAGGCCAAACUUAUUCAAGAUCUAAAUUGCGUCAAAAAAGAAAAUGCACGCCUUGCAAGGACCAUGUCAGAGUUAAAAUAUGAAAAUGCUAAAUGGAAAGAGAAAGCAUUUAAGCUUCAAGGAAAGGGCAGAGUAUCAUCAGAACAUCAACGUGAAACUGAUCCACCUACUUUGACUCUAUGUCCAGAAGAGGACAUCACUCCUUGCUCAUUAACAGAACAAUCAAGAGUGUCAAAAGUUAAAACUUCAGAAUUUCUUUUUCCUGAAAUCAAAACUGGUGCCAAACAAGAUGAAAAUUCACUCACUUCAGAAAAAGUGCUAACUCUUGAUUCACCUAAAGUAUCAUCAUUUGGCACAGAAUCAAAGUGGUUAUUGCCUUGCUCCAAGAUUUUUGAUAACUCCCAGCUAGGUUUCUCAGAAGCUGGAAGUCCUCAACGAAAACCUAUAUCUGGUGAAAAUGAACGUGUUGACUGGUGGCCCAAACCCUCUGCUUCAGAUCCUCAAUGUAAAAUGCAAUGAAAAUUGACCAAUGGGCAGUGUGAUUAGAUGAAAAUCCAUCAAAUGGAUUCAUUGUUGCUCUGUGGACAGCUGUUGUCGUGCUGCUCUCUGAACAGUUACUUAACUGACAAUUUGCUUGAGCCUUGCAACUCCGAUUCUCAUUGAUACACUGGGUGAUGUAAUAGUAGGGUUUUUCUUCUAACUGUGGUGAACAAGACUACAAAAUGCUGAUAUUGAGUGCCUACAUUUGGAAUACCUUGUUCCUGGCAUUGGUAUUUCUGGUUUCUGAUUUUGUAUUAUUUUCAGCAAAUGCAGUACUUGUAUCAAAUGAACAAAGAUAAUAGCUUAAUUGUGUGGAGUAUUUUCUGUAUCAAUGCUGUACCAAUUUAUGUAGCAACAAUUGAACAACUUGCUUUGCUAAUAUUAUACAUAUGUACACAUACUAAAGAAUCUAUCAAAUAAAAUUUGUCAAUAAGUAG